AAAAACAGAGGAAUCCAUCCUGCUAUGGGUUCACUUACGAAACGUCCCUUUAAACAUGUUCUCUUGGAAAGGUCUUAGCUUUGUGAUGAAUCCAGUGGGUGUGCCUGUGAGACUUCACCCGGACACAGCACAAUGCAAGGAUCUAGAGGUUGCAAAAGUUUCGUUGGUUUUUGCGGGUUUCUAAAUAUUGGAUUUUUCACAAAACCCAUACCAGAUUUUUUCUGGGUCACAUGAUUUACCGGUUCAACCGCGGAUCCAGGUCGGGUUUCAAAACAAAAACCAAUGUUCCCAUUAGAGCAUAGCAUGCAGUUAGUAAUUAUUAUAAUGGUUUCAACUGGUGAUUUCAAACGCUUCAGCGAGAUAAUGUAAUGACAUGUGGCUUGUGUGUGUCAGCUUCAUAUAUGACGAUCAGGGAUUGCUUGCAAGAGCAUGUGUUUUUGACGUUUGGUUUCUUCUUAUUAGAGAAGCGUUCAGGUGUUCUGGUCAGAGAAGAAUUAAGAAGAAGAAGAAGAAGCAAGUAACCUCACUUCAUCGAUGAUUUUCUCUGCUUCCACCAUUUGAUUUUGCCGAAGAUAAACGUUUUCUUGCUGUUUACGGUAGGUCUAUGUGUCAGCCCAAUAAAAAACAAGUGAGCCGGAGAAUAAAAAAGCCCAAAAUAACAGAUUAAAAUUAAAACGAGGAAACUAAUUUCGCGCUGCCUCCUUAUCUCUCAAGUCUCAAUAUUUAGUUUCACUUGCUGUUUCUCAGACUCUCUCUCUCUCUCUUUCUUUCUUUCUUCUCCAAGAACCCCCUUUCAGAUCGAGUCUUCGACCUGUGAAAGUUUCAGAGAAUGGACGGUCUUCCUGAUUACUUUCAGUAUCGUGCGAUAGUAGAGGAAUGCAUUGAAAACAACCUGACCAAGGAUGAGACUGAGAGAUAUGUAGAGGAAGUCCACCAAAUCCCAAUUCAAGAUACCAACCGAGUUUGGGAUCAUCUUGAAAGGACGAAUCCAGAUUUGUUCAUAGCGUACAAUGCAAGGAUGCGUGAGCGCAAUGCAAGAAUCCCUAAGCGCGUUGCGAAACCUUCUUCACCACCAGAGGUAACUUCCGCAAGGAGACGUAAAAUGCGUGGGACUAAGAAAGAAUACCGUCUAUCUCCUUAUUGUCGCCCGUUGUUGACUGCUAUAAAUGUCCCGGAUGCAUCACCACAAGAAGCUGCUUCUUCUGCUAAUGCUCUAGAGAACCAAAACCUUCAAGCCUCCCAGCAGCAGCCAGCUUAUCUCAACGACUUUUGGCAGCAGCUUUUGAGUACUUUGGGUCAGAUAAAGAGUAACACACAGUAUUUGAAUACUUUGGGUCAGAUUCAGAGUAAUACAGACCAAAUGCUCAAACUCUUGACCGAUGGACAUGGAUUUGGACCACAUCUUUCUGCUGCGCGAUCCUCCAAGAGACAGCGAGUUGGAGAGGCAGAAGAGAGAGGUAAAAAUGAAGAAGCAGAGAAGCUGCAGAAGAAAGAGGAAGGUGACGAUAAUGAAGCAGAGAAGCCGCAGGAGAAUGAGAGAGCUGGCGAUGAAGAAGCAGAGACGCGGCAGGAGAAUGAGAGAGGUGACAACGAAGAAGCAGAGAAGCUGCAGGAGAAAGAGGAAGGUAACGAUGGAGAAGCAGAGAAGCUGCAGGAUUACAUCUGCCACAAAAAACGCAUGGAAAAGUUCUCACAUUAGCGUAGUUAUUGAUUAACAGAACAUAUUGCAAAGACACAUUACUUUCUUAUUGUCAUCCUAGACACUACUACUAGGCACCAGAGCUACGCUGUUAAAAAAAAACAUUGGGAACAUUUUAUUAUCUGUUUUUUUUUUUGCUUGGCCUCUCUCUCCAGGCUUUGUGUUGUUGUUGGUCCCAGAACCGAAACUGUGGAGAAGAGAUAAACAUGUAACAAGUUCAAAAAUACAUGUAUCCAUUCUAUCAAACCUCAGUCCAUUUAUUUGUGUGG